ACCAUGGCUACUCAACAGCCUGACAUCCACUUCAUCAGCGCUUAUACCCGCUAUUCCAGCUGGGGGAGCCGAGUCGAGGCUGUUCUGGAGUACUUCCAGAUCCCACACACACGCCAAUUCGUGCAACUUGCAGAGGCGAAAAGGGUUUCCCCGAGCGGAUUCGUGCCCCUCGUGCUCUGCCGCUCCCUGAAUGAUACUCCCAUCUGCGACUCACUUGCCAUUUGCGAAUUCCUCGCCGAAUCAAACCCCUCGCUGCCUCUCUGGCCUCGAGAUCGCCAGCUCAGAGCUCUUGCGCGCACUGCCGCAGCCCGGAUGCAUUCAGGCUUCACAACCAUUCGAAACACCUUCUGCACCAACUUCCUCGGUCGGUACACGGGUGACAUCCCCAUCAGCGAUGCCGCGCGAAGCGAGAUCGAAGAGAUUCUGAAUCUCUGGGACGCCGCCCGGAAAGGUACCAAAGAGCGCCUGGAGGCCCUGGGCGAGGCCGACGAAGGGUUUCUCUUUGGAAGUUUCAGCAUUGCCGAUGCAUUCUUCUGGCCGGUUCUUUGGCGAUUCCGGAGCUACGGCUUUCCCAUGGAAACGGCCAGUGCGGAUGUGCUUGCGUGGAUGGCGAAGAUGUGGAGCGAUUCGGCGUUCCAGAGACUGGCGCAGGGCUAUUACGAGCAGGCCAAGGAUCCGGAGUCUCGAAUCGCCCAUUACGAUGACAUCUUCCAGGGCCGUGGCGAUAUCCAGUACGGCCAAUUUCCUGAGGAUUGGACCUUUGCCGGCAAGAGUUCUGGGAAAUAAACAUAUCUUUCUAUCAGCAUCUCCUACCUUCUAUGACAAACUAUGUGAGUCCAAUGAAUAAAUACAAUACUAUUGCUAUUCUCUUCCUAAGUUUGGCAUUGUUAUCAAGGAUGUUCCUAUAUCUGAAUAUGAGCAGCGAAACAUAGUGUACAGCUAUAGAGUAUUUUUAACAUAUGAUAUUAUACAACCUCAG